GCCGCGCUGGGCUCCAGAGGCGGGGACAGCAGCGACCACUCCAGUUACCCCACGGGCUGCUGCUGUAGUGACGUCAGACUGGCGCACGGACCUUCCCUGCAGCAGGGGUCCUGCGGUAGACCUUCCUUUUUCCGCGGCGGAAGCUGCCGGCGUCGGUGCUUAACGGUGCGCGGCCUUCCGCAGCCAGGGUUCCGACCUGCGAGCUCCCGGCAGCCGCGCGCCAUCUUCACCGAGCGCCAUGGUUUCGGCCGGCGGGCCGGAAGCGGCUGGACGCUGCGCUCUGUUCAGCCUCCUUUUGCUUCUGUUGAUCGCGGGCUCUGCCCGGGGCUGGAGCGACCCUGACAGAGUAUUGUUGCGGGAUAUAAAAGCUCUUACCCUCCACUAUGACCGCUAUACUACUUCCCGUAGGUUGGAUCCGAUCCCACAGUUGAAAUGUGUUGGAGGCACAGCUGGAUGUGAUUCUUAUACCCCCAAAGUCAUACAGUGUCAGAACAAAGGCUGGGAUGGUUAUGAUGUACAGUGGGAAUGUAAGACCGAUUUAGAUAUCGCGUACAAAUUUGGAAAAACUGUGGUGAGCUGUGAAGGCUAUGAAUCCUCUGAAGACCAGUAUGUACUGAGAGGUUCCUGUGGCUUGGAGUAUCACUUAGAUUACACGGAACUUGGCCUGAAGAAAUCGAGAGAGUCUGGAAAAAACCAUGGCUUUAACUCUUUCUCUGAUUAUUAUAAUAAGUUGUACUCCCGAGAAUCUUGUAGCAUCAGUGGAGUGCUUACCAUCGUGGUGCUACUUGCUAUUGCCUUUGGAGUUUAUAAAUUCUUCCUUAGUAAUGGUCAUGAUUCUCCUCCACCAUAUUCUGAGUAUCCUCCAUAUUCCCAUCGUUAUCAGAGAUUCACCAAUUCUGAAGGACCCUCUCCUGCAGGCUUUAAGUCUGAGUUCACAGGACCGCAUGGUGCAACUUCUGGUUUUGGCAGUGCUUUCACUGGACAACAAGGACAUGAAAAUUCAGGACCAGGGUUCUGGACUGGCUUGGGAACUGGAGGAAUAUUAGGAUAUUUGUUUGGCAGCAAUAGAGCAGCAACACCCUUUUCUGACUCGUGGUACUACCCAUCCUCAUACUCCAGCUCGUGGAAUAGGCGUGCUUAUUCACCACUUCGUGGAGACCCAGGAAGCUAUUCAGCGUGUUCAAGCUCAGAGCCAAAAACCAGAACAGCGUCAGGAUAUGGUGGUACCAGAAGACGAUAAGAAAGUAAAAAGUUGGGAUCAAACACUGGAUGCAAAACUUCUGAUUUUUCAUCACUUUCUCUUAUAAAACGUGCCCCUUGCUAACAGCUGGGGAAAGGGAAUAUGCAAAAGUUCUGUGGUGUUUUGUCCUGUAUAGCUUUUUGUGUUCUGUUAUUUGAGGCUAGGGGUUGACAUGACAAAAUGCUUAUCUAGAGAAUCAUGUUUGUGUAACAUGCAGAUGUAUAUUAUAGUUUUUGAAAGUGAUGACUACUGUAGAAUGCUGAGAAUGUAUUGUGUGAUUUCUGACACCUGUGAUGCCAUAAGAAGCAUUAAGAAUGAAGGCUUUAUACCAAUAGACACUGAGUACAGAAAUUUUCUGUCUUAGGUGGUUUUAGUUGUUGAUUCAUUACAUCAUAGAAGCGAUAAUAAUCUAUUUGGUAUGUGUUAUUGGGUGUUUGCUGUUCUUCAAACAUUUAAACCAAACUUUGGACUACUAAUUAUACUUCCUUGUGUGUUUUGAUCACUUCUGAGCUCAGGAGCUUUGAACCUGUCAGUGGUGUGUGGGGUUCUGGUAAGUGAGAACUACCUUUUUAGGAAAAGGUAGAAAAUAAGUAUCUAGAAGGUUAUUGUGAAUGGCAGUGUGCUGACAAAAAUGCUUGAAGCCUCCGUAUUCAUUUUUUUAAGAAGUAAAGUUCAAGUGCUUCAGCAAAGGUUUUCUAAUAACAGAAGCAUGUAGUUCUCUGUGGAAUCUCAGAUGCUGUAGCAGUCUGUGUCAGUCUUACAUUAAAAUGACAGAAAAAAUAAAAACAAACAACGGGUU